GAUGACAUGUAUACAUGGGAUUUGAAUUGAGUAGCAACGUUCAAAGAGCUAUCUAAAAUUAGAUUAGUCUACAGUGACACAACAAUAAUGCGUUUCAUUUUUGCAUGUUUCGUUUUUGUACCCAUAUUGGUAUCAACAAAUUUAAAACGUUCUGGUUUGUCAAGCCACCAGAAACAUGGGAAGCACAUCAAUUUACUGAGACGUUUGGACGAACGUCCUGCAGAAAGAUUGGAUUUCAGAGAGAACCGGGGCUUGUAUAUUCACCGUGGUGUGAAGUAUCAUCAUCAAAGGCAACUACAACAUCAAUACACCCUAAAUCACUUACCCUCAACAAUUGGAUAUAGAAGAACAAAACGAAGAAACAGACGGAGUGUCGAAAAUGAAAAUCGUGUAAUAAAUGUCCCGGGUGCUGUUAAGUUACCUCGAAGACGACAAUCACGGAAAUACAGAAGAGCCUCUAUUCAUGUUACACCAAAACAAGACAAUCCCAGUGUUCCAGUUGCAUUCGAUCCACAAGGAAAUAUCAGAUGCAUGUGGCAGACAGAGUCAAGGCCAGUGAAUAUGAAGCUGUAUCUUGAUUCACCCCGUGGCUACAACGAGGCAUACAUUGGGGUCAGAUUCUCGGGGCACUAUUAUGUGUAUGGACAAAUAUUCUUUCAUGGAAAGAACGUUGAAAUGGGUCAUUGUUUAUAUGCAGCCGAAACUUACCCAUGCAGACCAAAAAGCUGUGUUGAAAGACCCAUUUUGUGUUCACGCUCUGCUCCGGGACAUCCGGUGAAUGCUAAGGAUGUAGAGAAUAUCAAUACAAACUAUAUAGGUGGUAACUUUUAUUUGAAACGAGGCUCAACCAUACGGGUAGGGGUAGUUGCAAACGUUCACAGAAAUGCAUACCGGUCAACAGUAAAUAUUGACAAAAGUAUGUCUUAUUUCGGAGCAUUUUCGAUUUGACUCAAUAUCACAUCAAUUUGAAGAAAUUCCAUGUACCAAAUUUAAACUAGGUCGACAUUUGAAAUUCAACCUUCAUGUAUUAUGUCGAAUGUAUAUUGAACCUCGUAUCUUUUAUUAGCAAGUAAAUAUAUUGAGCAUACAAAAUGUAUUUUAACAGAAUCUUUCAAUUCUAUCGUCAUGUGAAGUAAUAAAUAUACGUAGCAGAACUGUAGAUUACAUUGUACAGUGUCGUAGCCAGGAUAUAACAGGAG